AAGUUCAACGUUAGUCACACAACAGUUAAUAACUCGAGUGGACAUCCCUAUAGAGGUUCCUUUUCACUUCUGUCAUGGUGUCUUACUAACGUGAAUCAAGAUGCAGAUUUUCGUUAAAACCCUUACGGGUAAGACCAUCACCCUUGAGGUCGAGCCGUCAGAUACCAUCGAAAAUGUGAAAGCUAAAAUACAAGAUAAGGAGGGCAUUCCACCUGAUCAGCAGAGAUUGAUCUUCGCGGGCAAACAGCUGGAAGAUGGCCGCACAUUAUCCGACUACAACAUCCAGAAGGAGUCCACCCUCCACCUCGUGCUGCGCCUGCGUGGUGGCGCCAAGAAACGCAAGAAGAAGAAUUACUCCACACCCAAGAAGAUCAAGCACAAGAAGAAGAAGGUCAAACUAGCCGUGCUCAGGUUUUAUAAGGUGGACGAGAACGGUAAGAUCCACCGUCUCCGGCGAGAGUGUACCGGCGAACAGUGCGGCGCCGGCGUGUUCAUGGCCGUGAUGGAAGAUCGCCACUACUGCGGCAAGUGCCACAGCACCAUGGUCUUCAAGGAUGACGACAAAUGACUCCCCAUUUAGCGUUAAGUGCUCGCGACCGCUGUGUAUGAUGGAUUUUAAUAAAUCUUGACACAGUGUCACGGGA